AAAACUCUUAAGUAUUGUCAGCUGGUUACUCUCAUAAAUAUGUGGAGAACGGUUUGCAAUCAGCACCACGUGUGAAGAGUUCAGAGGUCAGAACAAAAAGUAGGUAAGGGUAAAUAAGUUGUACAUAUCAGCGUGACUGAGAUACAUGCAUAUACUGUAUAUUGCAAACGUGUUUACGAUUUUAACUUAAAAUAAAAAACCAAAACACAUUGUUCUAUCUUCCCCCUCCUACCUCAAGUCAAAACAUUGCUGCAUUGCCUCUGCAUAAGUGCGUUUGAGCCAACCGUGAUGCAAACUCUAAAAUAUAAACCCACAUCAUUUUCCUCCAUGGCGCCUCUGCUUUGGGAUAUAUAACGAUAAGAAACCACAGAUCACACCACAUGUUUUGAUUCCAUGGAAUAACAGCCUGUCAAGCUGAAAACUCUUAAAAGCUGUUAUACCAAAUAGACACACACGCACACAAAAAAAGAAACCUGACAAGAAAGACAACCCUCAUUUUGGAAACCACUCCCACUGUAAAGGGGCUUGGCCAAAAGUCUGCAAAGACUUAUAAGCAAGGUGACGUCCAGGUGGAGCAUCAUUCAGGUGAGUAUAUUCACAUGUCUCCACCCUCUAGUGCCCAAGGAUACUACUGCACUGAACCAGAAAACAGGAGUACACCUCUGAAUUAACAAGAUAUUCCUUCACGUGUGUUGGAAGAAAUGGAGACGAUGGCCUACGUGACCGAGAUCGGGCUGAGCGGAGAGCGGGCGGCCUGGAGCGGAGCGGCCCCCUCCUCCUGCCCCGAGGUGGAUCUGGAGGUCAUCGAGGAGUACCUGCAGGAGCACUCGCUGGAGGUCCAGCCCGUGCACACGCCGGCGUCACCGCCAAACGCCGUGGGGCAACAGACACAUGCACACUCGCACCAGGCCACCAGGAUCACAGUGAAUAGCUGGUUAGGUCAGCACCCGUAUAAAUGGUACUGUGGCUCUCAUACUCCAAACGAUGAAUAUAAAGAUCAAGCUCCAGCCUGGACUAGUCCCCAUGACAACCACUGGGACCAUGCUGCAUAUUCAGCAUAUUCAUACGAACUGCCCGCAUACACUGACUCAGACUCCAGGUCUAGUAGCUCCCAGUACCAGGAUUCCCCGUCACCGUCAUCUGACAGGGAGGGCAGGAAGGACAGGGACUCCCUGCCACUCGCCCCACUCUCAGGAAAGAGGAAGGAGCGCUUGUUCCAGUUCCUGUUCGAGAUGCUCCAGACGCCAUCGAUGCGGAGCUGCAUCUGGUGGGUCCAGUCCUCCGCCGGCACGUUCCAGUUCUCCUCCCAGAACAAGGAGCGCCUGGCGCAGCUGUGGGGGCGGCGAAAGGGCAACCGCAAGACCAUGACCUACCAAAAGAUGGCACGGGCGCUGAGGAACUACUCCCGUACAGGGGAGAUCCAGAAGGUGAAGAGGAAGCUCACGUACCGCUUUGAUGAGAAGACACUGAGAGGCCUACAAGGAGACUCAGUGUAGAGAGCAUGAAGGCGAGUUUAUAUAAGCAUGGACGUAGGACAGGCACGAUGGAUAUUCGACACUGUGGUCUUCCUUGGUGCUGAUUCUACUUCUAUGGCAUGUAGAAAACAAAUGAAUACUGAGUAUUUUAAAGGCCAGAAGAUGAAACACUAUUGGACGGAGCCAUAUUGGAGAUGGCAUAAGCAAACUCAAUGGAUUGGCAAUGGGUGAAAAGUCGUCUGGCAUUAAAACAUACUGUACGUAAAUCUAAAAGGUUAUCACGAUAUCUACUUCAUAAGUAGAACUUAAAAUAAAAGUUGUGGUUUUC